UCAGUCCAAAUUAAAAAAAAAAAAAUGUAAAAAUUGUUCAUUUAGAAAAAGUAAGCUCGAUUCUCAAGUCCAUCGCAUUUGCCCAUGUAGUGAUGUAAGUUCUUGUGCUUUGGAUUCAACAUCCUUAUUGAAACAAUCCGCCGGAUAGAUAUCUUAUAGAAUUUUUAGGCAUAAGACAUGAACGUGACCACAUCCCUCACCACAAAGCGGCUUGUUUUACGUCUUUACCGGGACCUUCGACGAUACGGAAGCCAGCUACAGUUUACCGAUCGGGAUUAUUUCCUGCGCCGCAUUCGGCAGGAGUUCGAUCAGAGUCGUUCGCUGACUGAUCCCAAAGACAUAGAAUUUUGUUAUAAGCGUGGCCGCGAAUUGUUGGACAAAGCACGUGUGAUUUAGUCAGCCCCCAAAAUCUGAUCAGUUAGAAUGUUACUAUCGCGAAGCGUCUUUUUCAACAGUCGAUCAAUCAACAACUUUUUAAUCCGCUUCAAAACUACA